AUGGCCAAGUCCAAGAACCACAGCACAUACAAUGAAUCUCAAAAAUGGUCCAGAAAGGGCAUCGAGAAACUCCAAUCACAAAACCACACAUCUCUUCAGAGGGUAGACCUCAAGUUCCUGAGUAACACGUGCUUUGCCAAGAAGCUCAAGAAGGGCCUGAAGAAGAUGCAGGCCCAAGAGACUGAGGUCAUGAGCACACACGCUGCGGCUCUCAAGGCCCUUGUAAAGCCCAAGGAGGUCAGGCCCAAGAUCGUGGAGGGCAGCAGCCACAAGCUCAAUCACCUUGCCUACAUCGCUCACCCCAAGCUUGGGAAACAUGCUUAUGCCCACAUCACCAAGACAAGAGUAGACUUGAAAACAAAAGCUGUAAUAAGAGACAAAGAAAGGCAUUUCAUAAUGAUACAAGAUCAAUCAAAGAAGAGGAUUUAA